AUGUUUUUUUGGAUAGGCAUUCCAAUAAUAUAUGGUCUAAAUAUAAUUACAUGGUCAAGGCCAAAUGUAUUUACCGGCAUCUACUUUGGUUGGUUCUUCAAUCCGCACAUUGGAUAUAUUGAUAAUGUUGAUCAAGAAUAUGAGAACACUUUUCAUACAGUCCACAAUAUAUCAGUCAUAAUUAUUCUUACAAUAACAUACUUAGCAUUUUGUAUAAUUUUUGUACUAAAAUCUAAACAAGGAGGACAACAUUCCAAUCAACAAAGCUAUUCUGAACUAAUGAUUUUUAUUCAAAUCUUUUUGAUUAGCUUAUCUAAUAUUCUUGGCGCUUCCAUUUAUGUUUAUAUGCAAUAUAUCGACUCGGAUGAAGUUCUUAUUAUACUUGGUCAAUUUUUUUGGUUGAAUGCACACGGUCAAAAAUAUUUUUAUAUUAUUUACAUAGUAUGA